UAAAAAUGAAAGCUUUAGUGAUUUGUGUUUUACUUGCGCAACAAACUUCAGGAGUUAUUUAUCGUUUAAAUGCCUCGGAGUACGCGCGUCUUCCCGAGCUGUUCUUCUUGGACAACUACCACAACUGUCUCCUGGCUCCUGGUGACACGUACUGCUACGUGGACGCUAGGCUUGUGACCAAUGAAACGAAUCAGCUGUUCACUGUCAUACAGGAAUACUCGGCCUACAACAAAACGCACUUCGACCACACGAUCGUCCACCGAGGCGUGUGCGUCACGCAGACGUGUCGUGAUUACCUCGACAACGCCACAGGCCUGGCUCAUGCUGUCGAAGCCUGCCUCAAUGCUACGCUUUACAAGAGUCAUGGACUUCAGACCAAAGUAUCGGAAGACUCCAUGUAUUGCAGUAAGUUCGACGAGCCUGCAGGCUACGACAUGGUCGACUAUGCCGUGGUACUACUGAUACUGGCGGUAGUACUGCUCAAUAUGGCUUGCAGUUUGAUUGAUUAUGUUGGCUGCACUGGAAAUAAGAGUAUAGGAAGCCGACUGCUGCUAUGCUUCUCAAUCAAACGCAACUGGGAUCGCCUGCGCAAGACGGCGGCCGACGGCCCGGACUCGAGGCUGGCACGACUGAAAUGCUUCAACGGAUUCAAGACUAUCACGACGGUGUUAGUGAUCAUGGCACAUUCUCCGAUGAACAUCGCAAUGUCCACCAGCAACCCAGAGUUCCUUGAAAACAUAUACCACAACCCUAUAGCCACCUAUUUCUUCAACGGGACACUGAUCGUCCAGAUCUUCUUCCUGAUCUCCGGGUUCCUUCUAGCCUAUAACAUUCUGCUGAUGGAGGAGAAACGACCAAUUAGCUGGGACAUGCUGCCGAAGGGUGCACUCACCAGGUGGCUCAGAUUAGCUCCUGUGAACGCCGUGGUCCUGGCCUUCGUGGCCACGUGGCAAAGGCAUUUGGGAAGUGGACCUUUAUGGAAGUCCCUGGUACACAAGGAAGCAGCUCAGUGCAGACGCGACUGGUUCUACAACUUGUUGUAUGUCAACAACUACGUUGACAAUUCGGACUGCAUGCCGCACACAUGGUACUUAGGCGCGGAUAUGCAGCUAAGCGUUUUCGGGCUGGUGGUGUUCUGCCUCGUGACCAGCCCCAGGGUCCGCAAGAUGGCCGUCGCCGCCGCGUUCGUGGUUGGCAUAAUAACACCGGCGGUCCAUGUCGUCGUUCAGAACCUCAGCCCUAUCCUGCUUGUUUCGCCUGAAGUAGCCCGUACAAUCUUCGUGACAGACCCCACUUUCAACAACCUGUACAAGCGCGGGCACACGAAUCUAGUCAACUACGCCGUCGGGCUGGCGUCGGCCAUGCUGGUCUACCACCUACAGCAGCAAAAGUUCGACAUCACUAAGUAUAAGAAAUACGUUCCCUUAUACUACGGGCUGGUCCCAUUCGCCGUGUUCCUGAUUUCGAGUGGUAGUUUCCUGUACAUCGACGGCAUAGAGGUUCCACUGGCGGCGCGGGCGGUGUACGCAUGCGCUUUAAGACUCGUAUACGGACUCACUAUUGCUGCGGUUAUGAAUGGCGCGAUCUUUAAGUUUGAAAAUCUGUACUGCGGCGUGCUAGAAUGGCGUGGCUGGGAGCCUCUUGGACGCCUGUCUUAUGCGGCCUUCCUGGUGCAUGUCAGCAUCAUCAGAACAGUGACUGGCGCCUAUGCCGUGUUGACAUACAGCUCCGUCAAUCAGAUAGCGAUGAGGUUUCUGGGCGUACUCUGCCUGUCAUACAUGAUCGCUGCUCCGCUGUGGAUGCUGGUGGAAGCUCCCUUCUGCGAGCUGGUGAAGCUCUGCCUCUAUCCUAAGAAGAAGGAACAUAAGCCUGAAUUGACUAUACAGUGCGAGGGAAAAAAUGACAAGAUUUGUAUUAAAUUAUAA